CGAGGCUAUAGACGAAGGUUUACGUCCUAUUCAGUCGCGGAAGAGAAAAAGCAUGUAGUCUUGUACUGGGUGCAUUUUUAAAAGUAGUAUUUCUUUUUGUUCUGUUUUUACAACUUAACGUUCAGGUUUGUAAAUUUUAGCUAGUCCAUUUUUAGUGACAACUGAGCGUUGCUGUUUCAAACUGAAGGAAAUGCUAAGCUUAGUUUGCACCCUGUGGAACCGCGUUUUGCUUCACUCGCAGCCCUGAGCUGAGCGCUGAAAUCCACCAGCGGAACGAGUCGGUUCUACCAGCACGUCAUCUGUCGCUGUCUUGUCCGUUCGGAGCGGGGGGACGAAACGCAGUUACGAUGACGUCAGGCAAGGCCAGAAUCGACGAGAAGAUCUUGCAGUACGAGACGUUCAUCAACGAUGUGCUCAAGAGGGAUCUACAGAAAGUGCUGGAGCAGAGAGAUGGUGUGUACGAGAAGAUAGCUCAGUAUCUUCAGCUGAAGAACACCAUUGAGAGCCUCCAGGAAGCUGGUAGCAAGGAAUUGAAGACAGAAGUUGACCUGGGAUGUAAUUUUUAUGCCCAAGCUCAUAUCCCUGACUCAUCAACAAUCUUUGUGGCUGUUGGCUAUGGAUUUUUUGUUGAGCUGACAUUGCCAGAAGCUCUUAAGUUUAUUGAGAAGAAGACAAACCAGCUUACGGGAUAUACUGAGACCUUGACAAAGGACUCGGCCAAAAUCAAAGCCAACAUAAGAAUGGUUUUGGAGGGCUUAAAAGAAUUACAAGGCUUCAAAGAUCUUCCAGAAGAAAGGAGGCAAGAAGUUCUAUAGCUGCAUGGAGAUGUUAUCUUUGUUCUGAAAGCAAGAUCAUAAUUUUAUUUUCUUUUUUCUCUAAAGUUGCAUAAUGAGACUGAAAGACAAUGCAAAGAAAGAGAAAGAAAAUUUCUAAGAAAGUUAAUUGUAU